AUGCAAAACGAGUUGCCAAAAAUACACAUAAAGUCUUUUUCUGGUGACUACAAGGAGUGGCCAGCAUUCAAGAACAUCUUCGAGAGCACGAUUCACAGCAAGCAGCAUUUGACAGGGAUACAAAAGUUUCACUACUUUAAGACAUACAUUGCGGGUGAAGCAGAUGACUUGAUACGUCAUAUGCCAAUUACGGAUGCAGCUUACGAGUCUGCUUCGAAUUGCUUGAUUGAGCGCUAUAACAGACCACGUCACAUUGUAAACACUCUGCUGGAUACUUUUGUAAACUUACCCUCGACAUCCAGAGCAGAUGUAUCAAUACUGCGAAAAGUAACAGACGGAGCUACAGAGAUUGUACGCGGCUUAGAUGCAGCAGGGCAAACAGACAGGGACUGCUGGGUAAUUCAUUUCAUUCUGACCAAGAUUGACGCUGAAACUCGACGCAAGUGGAUUGAGGGCAGCCGUGAACUGGAAUCGCCGACUGUGGACGAUCUACUCAAGUUUUUAGACCGCCGCUGCGAGGAAUUUGAGCUCAGCAAAAGUGAGCCUGACAAAGUCUUCCAAGUUGGCUCACAGCAAAACAAAGCCAAGCGAUCGUCACACGCCUUGGUAUCAACGGAGGACGGUGCUUGUGCUAAAUUUAACUCCAAGGAGCACAAGAUCUUUAUCUGCCCAAAGUUUAUGGACUUAUCAGUGGAGCAGAGACGCACUUUUGUUAAAGCUAAAUCCUUUUGCUUAAAUUGCUUGAAGUUCGGGCAUGUGUCACGCAGGUGUGAAUCCAAAUUCACAUGCAGAACUUGUCACAAUCGUCACCACUCUCUACUACAAGUAGAAGAUUCUACUGCACUCGCCGCUGUAAUCAGGACACAUUCAAGGGACGAGGAGCAGUGCGACCUCGGCGCUCCAGAUGAUACAACGGUGACCAUCAGCAACAUUGCUCGUGUACAAGACACUCCAUGCGCUGAAUCUUCGUAA